AUAUCGCCUGAUUAUUAAUAAAGAGUAGCUGAUACAAAAGCGACUCUCUUUCUCUCUUCCCAUCAAGAGAUCCUCACGAGAUCUUCCUCUGUCGCAAACACCAUCCCCAAACAGCAACACGACGAAAAUGGCUACUAUUUCCGCCAGCAGGACGGCCCCCAUGGCCGCCGAUGUCUCGAGGAUGGACCAGGGAACCACUCAUCCUUUCACGUGCAACACUUGUCAAGUCGCUUUCCGCAACAUCGACUUGCAAAAGGGUCACAUGCGCAGUGACUGGCAUCGUUAUAACCUCAAGCGCCGUGUCGCUUCCCUUCCUCCCAUUUCCUCCGAGGUCUUCACCGAAAAGGUUCUCCAGUCCCGCGCCGAGGUUACCGCGCAAACAGACAAGGCCAGCUUUGAGAUGACCUGCGAAGCUUGCUCAAAGACCUACUACAGCGAGAACUCGUACAAGAACCACAUCAGCAGUAAGAACCACAAGAUGAGGGCCGCUGCUUUGGCCUCGAGGGCCCCUGCCGCCACUGGACGCACCAAGGCCGACGACGAGGUUAGCUCGGUUAUGAGCUCGACUUUUUCCUUGGGCGAGCCCGCUUCGGAGGCCAAGUCCGAGGUCGAUUCUGAUGCCGAGGAGGAGUUCAACGAGGUUGUCGAGGGUAUCAAGCAGGCCAACAUCGAGGAUGCUGCCUCGCCCGUCGACCGUCCCGCCAACCCUCAUCUCUCUGCCGCCGACCAGCACAAGGAGGACCACCCCGUGGAAGACGCUGCUGCUAGCGAACAACCCGAGACCUCCGGAACCGCUACCCCUACCCAGCCCGAAGCCGAUACCGCCCUCCUCAAGCAGUGCUUGUUCUGCAACUACGAGUCCCCUACUCCCGCCCUUAACGCUACCCACAUGGAGAGGAUACACGGCAUGUUCAUUCCCGAGAAGCAGUACCUCGUCGAUCUGGAGGGUCUUCUCGGUUCGCUCAGGAGACGUGUGUUCGAGCUCAACGAGUGCUUGAUGUGCGGCAAGAUGCGCUCCAACACCUUUGCCGUGCAAACUCACAUGCGCGACAAGGGUCAUUGCCAAAUUCCCUACACCACCGAGGAGGAGCAGCUCGAGAUUGGCGAAUUCUACGACUUCCGCAGCACCUACUCCGACGGCGACGGGUGGGACACCGAGGACGAGGAGGAGGAAGAAGAGGAAGGAGCCGGCGGCGCCAAGCUAGGCGGCAAGCGCGAAGCCAAGGUCGAGGUUGAAGGAGGCGAAGGCGGCGACGAAGAAGGCUGGGAGACAGACAGCUCAGCCUCGUCUCUCGACUCCGACGACCUCCACGCCGUCCCCGGCGAGGGCCACUACCACCAGUACGAGCGUCUGGCCAGCCACCGCCACCACUCGCGCGACGACCCGCGUCCCCACCGCCAGGCGGACGGCUUCCAUGCCCACAGCAGGAAGGGCGUCAACGCCGUCUAUUACGACGAGUACGAGCUCCACCUGCCAUCCGGCCGCUCUGUCGGUCACCGUUCGCUCAACCGCUACUUCCGCCAGAACCUGCACAACUACCCCACGCCCGAGGAGCGCCAGCAGCAGCUCCUUCUUGAGGCCGCCGGUGGUGAAGAUGCCGAAGAUGCGGAGAUGCAGUAUGACAGCGACGGCGAGCCGAGAUUCAGGAGAAACACGGAGGUCCAGCUCAGAGACCGCAAGGCGCACGGAAGGCACGUCAUCACCCGUGAGACGAGAGGUCUUGUCGGUGCCAAUGGUAUCAGAGACGUGGAGAGCAAGGAGGUCAGGAAGGUGGUGGAGAAGGGUCGCCAGAGGGAUAGGGACUCUUAUAAGCGCGCUGAGGUGGUGGGCAUGAAGAAGCACUUCAAGGAGGUGCACAGGAAUCCUGUUUCUUACCUCAGGUGAGUGGGUCGUUGUUACGUUACCGUUUCCUGGGUGGGGGGGCUUGGUUUGGGU